AUGGAAAUGGAGAAAGACAGGUCCUUGGCCUUCCUGGACAUCCUAGUUAUGAUGAGAACUGAUGGCUCGGUUACACAUACAGUAUACCGGAAACCAACACACACAGAUAGAUAUCUACAUGCCUCCUCACAUCAUCACCCGCGACAUUUACAAUCAGUCGUCACUAGUCACACAAACAGAGCGCAAGAUCUCUGUGCCCCUAAAUUUGUGGAACAAGAACUAUCCCACAUUCAAGAAGUACUCAAGAGAAACGGGUACAUAAUGAGUAGAAGGCAAACUAAGCGCGUAACAAAAGCUAAAAAACCUGAAGUGAACAGACAGCCAGCGUACAUGCCUUACUUAAGAGGAAUAACGGACAAAAUUGGAACAGCACUAAAUAAAUACUCCAUUAAAACUGUAUAUUAUCCGCCCUCAAAAGUAACGAACAAUUUACGUUCACCAAAGGAUAAGCUACCUUACGAAGCUCCAGGAGUCUAUAAAAUUGACUGUAGUUGUGGUAGCUUUUAUAUUGGCCAAACAAAACGAUCAAUAGCCGAGAGGUUAAAAAAAGUGCGCAGCGUGUUUGGAUGGGUGCUUUCAUUGAAUCAUAAAGAAAUACCAGUAUCUAACAGCAACUUAGGAGAGUAA